AUGGGUGUUAUACGGACGAUAGGGAUCGUGGUGCUAAGUAUAUCAUUUGUUGUCUUCGUUGCUCUCUUUGGUCGACUUCCCGUCUUUAGGAGGACACCUAUUGCCUUUCUCCACCGGCUCCUAUGGAGACACAUCCCAAAUGCCUUCAUCAGCGUCGAUGAGCGACUCACUGGCCGUCGUGUCACGCGUAGCCUCGCGAGGACGGGCAAUUAUCUCAUGAACGAGAAACAUCCUCUUAUUCUUAUCUUCUUUGUCCUCUUGCAAGUUGUCGGCGAAUUUCUGUUCAUUCCAGCAGCAUGGGAUCGGCUUUCGAUCAAUCAAAUAGCAGUGUUGCCACUCCUGAUCAUUGCUCCCUUGGCGUUUCUGUACCUUUGCAAUACCACCUCCUCCAACAUCACUUCUGACAAUCACCGGUCGGCGAUGCUGGCCUAUCCCUACGACUUUGCUCUCUUCCACCCGGGCUACUUCUGCUCUACAUGUCGAUUUGCAAAGCCAGCCCGAUCCAAGCACUGCUCCAUAUGUAAAGCCUGCAUCCAAAAACAAGACCACCACUGCAUCUGGGUCAACAACUGUGUGGGCAGGAACAACUAUCUGUGGUUCAAUCUCCUGCUAGUCAGCACAGCCGUACUGCUGUUCUAUGGCUCUUAUCUCGGUUACAUCUUGCUCGACCAAAGACUGCAGGAACACCUGGUCCCGCGGGCACUGACGAGGGGUAGUUUUACGGCCAAGCGGUGGAGCACCCGGAUGACAUGGGGCGAGUAUGCACACGCCUGGGCAUGGGCCGUUGCCAUGGAAUGGCGCAUCGGGGCGGUCAUGAUGUUGGCCAUGAUGUGCAUCCCUCUGGCGCUGGGGUUUCUUGCCUACCACAUCUAUCUCAUCUGGGCGGGCAUGACCACCAACGAGAGCUCCAAGUGGAGUGAUUGGAAAGAAGACAUUGCGGACAAGGUAGUCUUCAGGGCGGAGAUGGCUCAAUUGAGAGAGACGUAUCCACCCUUGCCCGAGGACGUCGAGCCCUUGGACAAGGACGUGAAAUGGCCGGUUGGCGUGAGGGCGAAGUGGUGGCUCGUGAGGACGAGGGAUGGGAAGCAGCCGAUGAGAAAGGUCUCCAGAAAGGCCGGAAAGCGAGAAGGAGAGGGAGAUGCGGACGGAGAGGUGCGGGACGAGCGAUGGGAGCGUGUCUCUUCUAUCGCACAGAUCGAGAACCUGUAUGAUCUGGGUUUCUGGGAUAACCUCUGGGACGGACUCUUCAAUCGCGGAUGA